UUCUCGAUUCUUAAAUAUUCUCUAUUUGCUAGUGAAUCAAAAAGUACAACUUCAGUAGAUAAUAAACCACCAAAGGAGGUUCUUUUUGAAGCAAAUAUUUGCGAAGCUGUAAACAUCAACAUUAACUCAGUUUUAAAUGAACUAACGGAUUGUGACUUCUCAAGUCAAAAGUCUUACAUCGGUCAGCCUGAUUUUACAUUCUAUCACAACAAUGACUUAACUGUGGUAGUUGAAGUUAAAAGAAAACAUAUCUUGAAAAAUAUUGGCAAAAGAACAUUAUCUGAAUUUUAUCCGAUAAAUGAUAGUAAUUCGUCAAAUAUAUGGCUAUAUG